AUAUAGGCUUUAUUGUGCAAACCAGACUGGAAAUAAAAUAUCUGCAUGAUCAGAUGUUUAAAAAACUUUUAAUAUACGUUCUACUAUCAGUCAUCUAGUGUCAGUCGUUGAGUACAAAAAGGAUAUCCUAAAGAAACUAAUCACAGUGCUGCUGUCAUGUUUUGAAUGGAGAUAGAGUUUAAUAAUUCUUUAAGUAGUUUAACGAAUGGACAUUUCACGAUAUUUUUCUCCAGAGCGCAAAGGACAUUACAAAGCUAAAACGUCUGGCAUUAUAACCAAAAUGGCACAGAUGGGACGCCAUCGGGUCGUCCUAGCAGAUAUGCCCUCAAGUUGCCUUUCAGAAAAUAUUGGUUGUAGCAGGCAGGUAGACGUCCCACUCGACAACCAGGAAGUGUCUAUACAAGGUCAGCGCACCUACGGAUAGGCAGUAAAAACCAGGCAGAACAAUAAACAAGAACAAGGCACUAAAACGCAUUGAAAUUCGUUGAACCUUGCUCCGGUAUGCAUUCCAAGCAGAGAUAAAGCAGAUUUCAAGAAAAGCACUUUAUUCCACUGUGAACGAACGGGAUAAAGCCACCUCUCCACUUGCAGACCGUAAAGACACGUUCCGGUUUUCGCUAGAGCAUUACAACUUACAGCUGCAAUGACGAUUCCUCGAAUGAAAGGGAAAUUGCGUUCUUGCGCUUUGAUUGUAGUGGUAAAAAUAAAUAAAAGAAAAAAGUUGAUAAACGAUGGCAUUCAAUUAUGUAUAGAAUUUACUAUGAAUUUGGUGCAUUAGAAAUAAAAAAGAUGGAACCUCCUUCUGCUGCAGAGUUUCCCCCACGCUGAUACAUCGCAGAAAUAAAAAUAAAGAAAAAGAACAAAACGAAAACAAAAACACAAAUACCAUAGAAACGCACACAGUCGCAGCGCAACUGUCAACCGGGGCCGCCGAAUGCGGCGCAAUGACGAAGAAGACCGCGGAAAGAGCAUUGCGCCCAACCGGUUUGCCAGACGAACCGACCGAACCAAACCAAAACCGGUGUGUGUGUGUCCUUUUCCGUUCUCCCUUGCAGCGUGUAUCCCUGCUGGCCGGUUUUCAGUAAAACCAAAUCUCAUCCCCAACGCGCUGUAAAGUGUUAAUUUCCACUAUUACAUUGUCCGGCCCCAACUCAGUGCGUCGUCGUCUUCUCGCCGUGCACGGGCGUGUUCGUUCUUCCAUAUCUCUUUUGCCCAUAUCUUGGGAGUGUUGUGUGAUAUUGGAACAUUCGGGAGCAGCACGCGUCCGACAGCAAGAGCAAAUAUUGUGAAACUGCGUGAAACAUUGCUUUGGUGCGCACAAAUCGAAACCAACUACCUCUCCGAAGUGGACUGAUUUGCAUUCCUAGUCAUUACAUCCGGGGCUUCCAAACUAGCUGGAGCACACCGUGCCUUAAGGUUACAACCCCUGGAUUAGAGCCUUAAAGCAAGAGAGAGAGAGAGUUCCUUGCAAACACAUCCGACAGCGAACGUGCAAGAAUGGCCCAGAGAGCACUGCGCCGGGUGUUUGUGUACGGUACGCUGAAGCGCGGCGAACCGAACCACCAUCUGCUGGCCAAUGCCGACAACGGGUACGCCAAGUUCAUCUGCAAGGGCUCGACGAACCGGCGGUUCCCGCUGAUCGUCGCCACCCGGUACAACAUUCCCUUCCUGCUGGACAAACCGGGCACCGGCAGUUACGUAACGGGCGAGAUCUACGAGGUGGACGAUCCGUUGUUCGAGCAGCUGGACGUGCUGGAGGACUACCGGAAGCUGUACGAUCGGCAGGUCGAGGAUAUUAAUGUCGGCAUUGAGGGGGGCAAUCUGCCGUGCUGGCUGUACCUGCUGCGCAACUGUCCCGACCGGCUGCUGAAGCUGCCGAUGCUGACCGAGUACCGGAACUCGCUGGAGCAACCGUACUCGCGCCGGCCGCCCGGGAAGGUGAACAUCUUCGAGGAACUGCUCAAGGGUGAUGAGUAGUGUGUGUUGUGUUUAUGUGUAUGUGUGGGUUAAGGGGGUAAAAAAGGUGUAGUGAUAGGUGGUUAGCAGGGUAAGGGAAGCAGAACAAAUCUUCUGCGUUCUGCAUGUUGUCGAAAAAAAAACCCUAACGGGUUGUUUUACGUGAAUCCUACAAGGUCGCACACGAUUUAUUUUGUACUUAGUAUUACAUGGUGGAGUGUAAUAAUGAUAAUAAAUCAAACAAACGUCAAUUUAUUCCGAAGUUCCCAAAGCAACGUCAAGCCAUACACAAUGUGUCCGUGGGCGGAAGUGCGGAACCAAUCUUAAGCAGUUAGAAUAAAACAAGAAAAAAGCAAUUAAUACCUCCAGAUUCGCUCGUGUUAGAAAAAAACAUUUACUACUACUUCAAGGCGUGCCUAGACGAAAUUAUCUAUUGCCGGCGAGAUAAUGAGAUUGGCAUAGUGCGCUAGCCUUGCCCCGUACAAGCGUACAGCGCACGAGAUCAUUCACCACACAGUUCGCCAGUGUGCUGAUUCGUAUGCGGUUGCGUGUAGUAGCGGAUCAUAGUUAGCGUCGCUCCAAACAUGUCCACCACGCUUCGCCGAGUGUUUGUUUACGGGACGCUGAAGAGGGGCGAACCGAACCACCACUGGCUGACGGAUGCGGCCAACGGGCAGGCCCGCUUCAUCGCCAAAGGACGUACGGUUGGGCGCUAUCCGCUCGUCGUUGCCACCCGGCACAACGUGCCCUUUCUGCUGGACGUUCGCGGCACCGGGCACUCGGUCGUGGGCGAAAUUUACGAAAUCGACGAUCGCAUGCUGGGCCGGCUCGACGUGCUGGAGGACUAUCCGCAGCUGUACGAUCGCCGGCCAGAAGAGAUACGGAACGAGACGAGCAGUGCGGUGGAGUGCUGCUGGGUCUAUCUGAUACGAAGCUUUCCGAAGCGUUUGCUGGAGCUGCCCCUGCUGGAGGAGUACCGGGACACGCCCGAAAAGCCGUACGCGGAAUCGGAUGAUAUCGUGUUUGAUGAGUGAUCUGUAUUGGAUGGGGUGGUACGGUUGGUACGAUGCCGCCAAUAAUAGCAGGCGCUGGUACUAAUUAGACAUUCAGGGCGCGUGCACAACAAAAAUAAAGAUAAGCUGCAGCGGCAAAGAAGAGCCAACAGAUUCGCAA